AUGGCUCCGAAGAAGAAGCACUCUGAAGGAAUCGCUUUAUUGUCCGUUUACAGUGAUGAAGACGACGAAGAUAUGGAAGAUGCCGAGGAAGAAGAAGAAGAAGAGCAGAGAAAUCAUGAAGAAAGUGAACGAAUUGAAGAGGAUGAUAAGCUAGAAGAAGCGAAUUUCAUGGAUGAAGAAAGAGGAAGAGGAGAAGAUUCUAAGGUCCUUGAUGGUGGUGGAGCUUCUAGCGCUCAUGCUACGCCUCGGUCACUCGAUAACGACGAAUCAUCGAGACCUGAUUGGGGAAAUCGAAUGAUAGCUGAAUCUGAGAUUACGGAUGGUGAGAGAGCUGAUGAUGCGUCAGGGGAAUGUAGUGAUACGUUAUUGGAUCAGUUUCUACCACCAAGACCUAGAGAAAAGUGUUCAGAGGAGUUGCAAAGGAAGAUAGAUAAGUUUCUGAGCUUGAAAAAGAUGGGGAAGAGUUUCAAUGCAGAAGUGAGGAAUAGAAAAGAAUAUAGGAAUCCAGACUUUUUGUUGCAUGCUGUGAGUUAUCAGGAUAUUGAUCAGACUGGUUCUUGCUUUAGUAAAGAUGUAUUUGACCCCAAUGGAUAUGACCCAAGUGACUUCUGUGAUGCACUAGAAGUUGACAUGAAGCAUGAGAGGGAAAGGAAGGAACAAGAAAGCAAGAAGAACCAAAAGCUUGACUUUGUUUCUGCUGGUGCUCAACCUGCGACGGUUUUUGCUGCUCCAAAGCCUAACAUCCCCAUCCCAGGUAUUCCAGCUUUAGCUACUAGUGGAUUGCCCGCCAUACCAACCGAAAUCGCUGCUCGUGAUGGUAGACCGAACAAGAAAUCCAAAUGGGAUAAGGUUGAUGGGGACGUGAAGAAUCCACCUUUAGCAGCUGGGGCUCAUGAUUCCCUAUCCUCAAUCCGGUCUAAUGCAGCUCUUGUAUCUGCUGCAAGUGCUGGUUCUGGGUACUCAGCUUUCGCGCAACGGAGGCGAGAGGUGGAAGGAAGAAGUUCUGCAGAGAGGAAACUGGAGAGAAGAAGCUGA